UUUUGUCUUAAUAAUUAUGCAAAUAGUGACCAUAAAUAUAAUUUUGAAAGGAAUGUUGUAAUACUUAUCUUGGCCUAGCUAGUCCCUUCCUCAGGUUGAAAAAAGCCAGCAAAAGCUUGUGUCUCCUUCCCUAUGUAUUUAAGUUACCCUAAAAGAUUUGAUUGAAUGAGUCAUCGUUGGUUAUUUUGAAACAAAUCCAAUGUUGAGCCAAGCCUUUGAAGCUGGUAGUAGCCAAAGACGAAGGCAAUAGCUUAUGAGCCAAACGCCUAAGAGGGACGCUACGGUUGUGUUCACAAUUUAUCUUUCUAUUUUUAGAUAAUAAUGUAGCUAGUAAGUUUUGGGUAGUUGUGAAUACAACCACAAAAAUAAAAUGAUUACGUAGUAUAGCAAUCACUUUAUCUUAUAAUAUAGUUUAACAUUCAACUGUUAAUUUACUUUAAAUAGCUUAUUUAGAACUAAUAAGCUAACAAACUUGAUUAAGCAUGGGGUUACCUCAUCUAAUAAAUACCUCCUUUCUCUUAACAAUUAUUCAGCGCCCAACAUAAUAAACAAAACACCCUUCCCAUACUGGUUCUUACCCAAACAAACAUGGCUAGUAAAAUGGUUUAUAUAGCCAUUUUCUCAAUUUUACUAGCCAUGGGACCAGAGUCUUGUUUGGGUAAGAGACCAGGACGGGCAGCAUUUAAUUCCAUAGACGGUUGUUGGCGAAGGAACCCUAAUUGGUUGAACAACAGGGAAGAUAUUGCAAAAUGCUCAGCAGGCUUUGCAGGUAAGAUGACCAACAACAUUGGGGAAGACGUGAAGAAAUAUGUGGUCACUGAUCCUACUGAUAACCCCACAAGUCCUAAGCUGGGAACUCUUAGAUAUGGAGUGACCAUGAUACCUGGGAAAGUAUGGAUCUCGUUCCAGAAAGACAUGUUCAUUAAACUUGAAAGGACUCUUCUUGUUGGAAACUAUACAACUAUUGAUGGCCGAGGUGCUGUUGUUCAUAUUACCAAUGGAUGCCUAUUGCUCUACCAGGUUACUAAUGUGAUAAUCCACGGGUUGCGAAUUCACCAUUGUCGAACCCAACCAGCAGGCCCAGUUAUGGGACCUGGCGCAAAGUUGAUGCCAAUUAGUCAAAUGGACGGGGAUGCAAUUAGGUUGCUAGGCUCAACAAAGGUGUGGAUAGACCAUAACACCCUUUACCGGAGUGAGGAUGGUCUAAUUGAUGUAACCCUUGGCUCCACCAACAUUACCAUCUCCAACAACUGGUUCCGCGACCAUGACAAGGUCAUGCUCCUAGGCCACGAUGAUGAUUACAAUGACGACAAGAACAUGAAGGUCACUGUUGUCUACAACCGUUUUGGUCCCAACUGCAACCAACGCAUGCCAAGAGUUCGUCAUGGUUAUGCUCAUGUGGCUAACAACUUAUACCUAGGAUGGGAAAUUUACGCUAUAGGAGGAAGCAUGAACCCUAGCGUAAAGAGCCAGUCCAACCUCUUUGUUGCGCCAAAAACUGGAUCUAAAGAGAUUAUAAUGAGCAUCAUCGACAAGAAAACCGGAAAAGGAUUAUCGAAUUUUAAAUCGGUGGGUGAUGUCUUGGAAAAUGGAGCUUCUUUCAAAGAAACAGGAUCAGGUUAUGUGAAGCCAAACUAUAACAAAGAAGAAAAAUUUCCUGUUGAAAGUGGUAACUCUGUAAGGAAGCUCACAAGAUCGGCAGGGGCACUACGUUGCAGAGGAAGAGGAUCAAUAUGCUAAAAAGAUUCACAUAACUCUGUAAAAAUUUUGUUAUAUGAUCAUGAGGAUUAUCCAAGUAUUAAGAGAGUGUUUGUUUAAUCAAUAUGUGCUAUAUGGGUGUUCAAUCACAUGUAUGAGAUAGAGUAUUAUUUCAAUAAAC